AGGAUGUCCGGAGAGCUCCCCCCUCUCUUCCCGGCCUGAAUGGAACAUCCUGAAAAUGGUUUGAGCUUUUCUGACUGAAGGAGUUUGAACUGACAACAUCGCGGGGGGUAAGUUCACUUUUCCCCGCUGCAGUGGCCGUGGGAAGACCGGGAGCCGAGCUGACACGGUCCAACACCCUUUCUUAUGCCUUUCUAAAGUUUCCCCAUCAUAGCUUCCUCACCCGGAGGAAAUGAUUGUUUUGGAGAGACGCGCCUGAAGUUUCUGGGAUUUUUUUUUUUUUUUUAACGGGAAUGCUUCCCCAGUCUGCUGUUAAAGGGCCGAGAAGGACCUCGAGACACAACUGAAGACAUGUUGUAUUGGACUCUGCGUGACUGGAGAGUACAGCUCCUGAUUGUUCUGCUCUGGGACGGCGUCUGCUCUUCGGAAGUGAAACCUACACCAUGGCCCCUGUACUCCAAGAAGCCCCUUCUCCUCGCCUGGAAUGUCCCGACUCAGGAGUGUGGCCCCUGGCAUGGCGUUUCUUUCCAGCUGGACCAGUUCCAGAUUGUGGCCACGCCAAAUGAGGGCUUUGUCAGGCAGAACUUGACCAUGUUCUACCACGACCGCUUGGGCUUGUACCCCUACUUUGAGGUGGAUGAGACGCCGGUGCGCGGUGGGCUGCCACAGGCCGCCAGUCUCUCGCAGCACCUCAGCGAAAUGCAGAAAGGUGUUGAUAAGUACAUACCAAACCGGGACGCUGUAGGUUUAGCGGUUAUUGACUGGGAAGAGUGGAGGCCUCUUUGGAUACGAAACUGGGGAUCCAAAGACAUCUACCGAAAACAGUCCCGUGAACUGGUGCGCCAGAAGAACCCAACUUGGUCCGAGGAGCAGGUGGGAAAAGUGGCCCAGCUGGAGUUUGAGAUGUCUGCUAAGAAGUUCAUGCUGGAGACGCUACGCCGCGCCAAACACCUGCGGCCCAACACUCUGUGGGGGUUCUACCUGUUCCCGGACUGCUACAACCACGACUACCUGCGCUCCCUGGAGGGUUACACAGGCCGCUGCCCCGACGUGGAGGUGGCCCGCAAUGAGCAGCUGAAGUGGCUGUGGACAGAGAGCACGGCGCUCUUCCCCUCCAUCUACAUGGGCAAAGUGCUGCGCUCCUCUUCCCUAGGACGGCAGUUUGUGCGGCACCGUGUGAGAGAAGGGAUGCGUUUGGCUUCAUCCGGCGACGAGUUGGCACGUCCUGUCUUUGUGUACACCCGGCCCACCUACAACGACCAUCCGGAACAGCUGACAGAGUUUGACCUGGUGUCCACCAUCGGGGAGAGUGUCGCUCUGGGAGCUGCAGGAAUCAUCAUGUGGGGAGAUGCAACACAUGCAAAAAACAAAACCACCUGCUCUGACCUGAACGCGUAUCUUCAGGGCACACUGAGCCAAUACCUCCUCAACGUCUCCACGGCAGCAGAGCUCUGCAGCCAGACCCUGUGCGGUUCCCACGGCCGCUGCCUUCGCAAACGUUGGGACAAGGAUGUUUACCUUCACCUCAACCCCCUCUCACACCGCAUCGAGAGGCAAAACGGCAAACUGACGGUGAUCGGCAAGCUAGGAGACCCAGACAAGGUGCUUCUUGACAUGGACUUUCAGUGCCAGUGCUACAGGGGCUUUCAGGGGAAAGGCUGUGAUCAUACAGACCAGCUGCACCAAAAAGGGGCGGCGACUCGAACCAGAACAUCAGCGCUCCAGUCUAUCAUCUUCCUGAUAACCGUUGUGCUCCUGUGUUAAUGUCAAAUGCAUCUUAGCAAAUCCGCUGCCUUGCAGAAAUAUUUAUUUACAUUGAUUUUCACAUUUUUAUUGUCCCAGAAAAGUGUGUUCGGUUAAUAUUUUAUAAUGAUAGACCAACACAAAAUGGUGCAUAAGAUCUGAGAGGGUUCACAGUUGGCUUUCUGUUUGUGCACUGCAAAAACACAACUUCCUACCAAAUAUUUUUGGUCUAGUUCAGUAGUGUCCAGCCUUUUUGCAAUGAGGGCAAAAAUCAGUACAUUAGAAGUCACAUGGGGUACAGAAAUGUUAUAUUUUUGUACCAUUUUUAAAAUUGCACCCUAUAUUUUGUAAGAGGAAAUAAUUUAUUUUUGGAAA